UCGGCCGCGUCACGUGACCACACCGCUGGCUCUGUGACGCGGGGGUGCCGAGCCCGGGCGGAGUGAGUCCUAUUUUGCGUUCAAUCGGUGCAGUGUUUCUGUGCGGUAAAAUUUCAGCCAGACACGAUGACUACGAUAUGAAAAUACGAGGUCUGUGGCGAGGUUAGCCUCCGGUACAGCCAGCCUGAGCGCCAGCAGAGGAGAGACAGCACAAAGGUUUCUCCGAGUAGAAAGCUGUCGAUGCUGGACUCCCUGAUCUCCCAGCUUUAGGAUCCACAAGGCUGGGAGAGACGACACCCAGCCGCCCACAAAACCACCCGACCCAACAUGAUCACUUCUAGCGACGUAGACAUCCGAGGUGAAGGUUCUUUGUUCUCUGACCAAAAUCCAUCAGAAAUGGAUGCUCUGUGUCCUUCUCCUCCCGGACCGUCCAGACCUCAACGCAACUACGAGAGGAUCGGAGGACGGACAGGAACCUCGUACGCAUCUUUUUGUCAGACUCUCAUCCACCUGUUGAAGGGGAACCUCGGUACGGGGCUGCUCGGCCUGCCUCUGGCGGUAAAGAAUGCAGGGCUGGUGCUGGGACCAGUCAGUCUGCUGUGUAUGGGCGUCAUCGCAGUCCACUGUAUGAGGCUGCUGGUCAAAUGUUCUCACCACCUCAGUGUAAAGAUCAACAGGCCGUCUCUGACCUACGGCGAGGCGGCGCAGUAUGGGAUGGAAAAUGUUUCGUGGCUGAGGAGACACUCACAAUGGGGAAGACGGACGGUGAACUUGUUUCUCAUCAUCACUCAGCUUGGCUUCUGCUGUGUCUACUUUGUCUUCCUCAGUGACAAUGUCAAGCAGGUGGUGGAAGCAGCCAACGCCACCACCUUCAGCUGCCAGAUAAACUACACCAACCAGACCCAGGUGUUGGUGCCGAGCUUCGACUCCCGUCUCUACAUGCUCUUCUUCCUCCCCGCCUUCAUCCUGCUGGUUUUCACCCCCAACCUGAAGUACCUGGCUCCCCUCUCUCUGGUCGCGAACCUGGUCAUGACCGCCAGCUUGGUCCUCAUCUACUUCUACUCACUCACGAACAUCACAUACCCCAUCAACCUACCGAGUGUAGGCAGAGCCAAAGACUACCCUCUCUUCUUCGGGACGGCCAUCUUUGCCUUUGAAGGGAUCGGAGUGGUUCUUCCUCUGGAGAACAAGAUGCAGAGGCCUCAGAGUUUCACCUUGGUUCUGUAUUUGGGAAUGAGCAUCGUCACCUUCCUCUACAUCAGCCUUGGUACUAUUGGAUAUAUGUGCUUCGGUGAGCACAUAGGUGGUAGCAUCACACUCAACCUGCCCAACUGCUGGACGUACCAGGCUGUGAAGCUGUUGUACUGCUUUGGUAUUUUCAUCACUUUCGCCCUGCAGUUCUACGUUCCAGCGGAGAUCCUCAUACCGCCGGUUGUGGCUCGCGUGUCGGAGAGGUGGGAGACGGCCGUCGACCUGCUGCUGCGCACCGUUUUGGUCAUAUUCACAUGUGCUCUCGCCAUCCUGAUACCGGAGCUGGACCUGGUCAUCUCGUUGGUCGGCUCGGUCAGCAGCAGUUUCCUGGCGCUGAUCUUCCCGCCAAUCCUCCAGAUCAUAACGUUUCACACCGAGGGCCUGUCGCCGUUGGUGACCGUCAAGAACGUCGUCAUCAGCCUGAUCGGGUUGGUGGGAUUCCUCACGGGAACCUACAUCGCCAUCGAGGAGAUCAUCAACCGCAACGUACACAAACACGAAGAGACGUUCUCCUCCUACAUGGUCCAGUGAUGGAAUGAAAUGACUGUCGGCAGGUGGAAGUAAACCCCGCCCCCCCCACCCCGGGGGCCGAUCGGAAAACCGUUUUAGGGCACAUUUUUAAAGUUUUUUCCUUCACGUCUUUGAUUUGCUACUGCUCGGAUGCGGCAGCCGUUUAAUCGGAUGAAUCGAUCCCGUGUUUUAGCAGUAUGAAGCUGUACAGAUUCGUGGUGAAUUGGUGUCUUGUUUCAUAAUGUGCUGCACCAUUAUACCACAGUGUCCCGUUAUGUCUGUCAUACGUACCUACUGGCAAUUACUUACAUUUCAUCAAGUCCAGCCACUUAGUGCAAUGUAACGGUAACAUAGUUAUUCUGGUAAAAGCUAAAUGAUUCCUUCAAAAGAUAUAAUAGAGGGCAUGUUUGUAGAGAGAGUUUAUCAUUUCGACAGCCUGAAUAUAUCGAUGUGUUUAUGUUUUAGUCAAAGAUUCAAACUACCUCACAAACUGGUAACAAUUUGGUCUUUCAAACUUUUUUUUUAACAUCCAGAUUAGAAGCUGUUGUGCAGACUUUUAACCCUCGGCUCAAAUGGCUUUUCAUUUAGAGCGUUUUCAGUUACACCAACCACCCAACACCUCAUUUAGAAAAAAAGGAAAAAAAAACAAACAUUUUUUUGUUGCACUUUGAUUUAUGCCUUAUUCAGUAAAACGGCGCACUACUUUGACAUAGAUGACACAUUACACAAACCUUCAAUGAGGUAACUGUAAUAUAAAAACAGUGAUCUUUGAGGGGGGGUUUCUAACAAAAACCUACAACGAAAUAGGGUUGGGUGUCGAAACGGUUCUGAAUUGGAACCAGUCCCUGUUAAUAAGAACCAGCGGGUUCUUGGAAGAAAAUGUGCUUUUCAUUUUCACUUAUCAAAUCCUGACGGCGAGGUGACGAUAUGAUCUGCUGCCGGCCGUCUGUCUACAUCAGCGUAUGCGUCAAAGCAUGUGUGUUAGGCUUUAAAAUAUGCACAAGACCCGUUUGAACGUAGGGAAGCGUAUUGGAUUCAGCAAAGAAAACGAAAUACGAGACCUUAUCUCAUAAUUAUGACUCAUGUGUCUCAUAAUGUUUCAAAAAAAUCUGCAGCGAGCAGUUCAUGAGAGCAAUAUCUCUCCUGGAGUUUUGUCUUUUUAUCAGAGUGAUCUUUACACACAAUAACUCCUAAGAUCAGACGCUACAUUAGCGUGAGGUUAUUGGUCAUAACACUGCACACAGUUUUAUUGGAUUUCAGUUUUCGGUUCGAGUUUAUUUGGGAAACACUGCAAACAGCAAGAGACAUUAAAAAAGUUAAUAUUGAAACAGUGAAAAAGACUAAAAGAGCUGGAGUAUCCUGCCAUUUAAUCUGAAAUUUUUACUGUAUUAUCAGAAUUACAAGAUAUUAAUGAAAAAGCAUCUUUAUCUUCCAAAGCCUCAGAGGUGGAAAUAAAAGAGAUAAAGAUGUUGUAAUCAUGAAAUACAGAGUCUCAAAUUUUUAGAAAAAUGGCUAAAUUUAAGUACCUAAAUAAUGAAAUGCAGGAAGGAAGUAUGACACUGCGACAUUUUUACUGUAUUAUCGGAAUAACAAAAUAUUAGUGAAAAGGCAUCUUUAUCUUCCGAAGCUUCAGAGGUGGAAAUAAAAGGUUCUGUCUUCUCAGAUGGUGAUUGAUGAUUUACCUUUUUUCAUAUUUACAAAAUCCAGCUUGUGUAAUUAUGAGAUACUAAGUAAAACACAAGAGAUCUAGAUGUUGUAAUUAUGAAAUACAGAGUCUCAAUUUUUUAAGUACCUAAAUAAUUAAAUGCAGGAAGGAAGUAUGACAGUGCUGACUCAAGUAAACACAAAUAGAAAACAUCCAUUAUCUUUAUGUUACCUUUUUAAAACACAAAGGAAUCAUAAAUUAUCUGGUCUUUUAUGACAAUUUUGAUGUUUUUCUGCAGCCUAAAAGUGCUGAUAACGCAAGUAAAGUGUGUUUUUUUAUUCACGGUCAACUUAUCAUAGUUUCUAUUCUACGUGUGAAUAGAAACGAUGGGGAAUCAGGAUUUAAUAAGAAGUUAUGAGCACAAUCAGAAUCAAUAAAAUCCAACCCAACCCUAGAACAACAAACAAACAUGGCAGACAACAAACUCCAGACGUAGUUUUACUGUAUUCACGUAGGAGCUCUUCUGUGUUAACACCUUUUGUUCUUGUCUUUAAAACUUAUUUUUUUGGAUCUGAUUAUUUUCUUAUGUGUUUUUAUGUUUUAAUGUAUUUACUAAAUUAAUGGUUGGGUAUUUUUCAAUAGAUUUUUUUUUUUUUUUUUUAUUCAAACAGCAUGCAUUUUUUUUUAAAGAUGUACAACUAACGACCCUUAAAAUUGUAGUUUCAGUAAUAUAAUAUAAUGUGUAUAUUACAUGCAGAGCCUCACCUGUAAUGUAUGAUAUAAUACUUCCAGUUUAAAUCACAAGCUGUAGGUUGUUACGAGAUUCUUAAAACGAGCCCAUCCAUCCUGCCUCGGUAGGCAGACUAAAGCCGACAUGUACUGUAAGUUCAUCAUGAAGCUUCUGUACUUGUUGUGUGUCGUCAGUGUUUAUGUGGCAGUAUAAAGAGGGCUUAUUAUUUUUUAUUUUUUUGGCGUGGUUAAAAAAAAAAAAAAAAAACUAUGAGCCUUACGCGUAAAGGAUUUGUAACAGCUGUCGGCUUGCAUCGCAGCUGCAAGUUGCAAAUGUUUGUUUUUGUGUACAGUAUAUAUACAUCUGCUGCACAAGUAUUUGUUUGCACACAAAAAUGUUCUUUUAAAUGGUAAAAUAAGUAUUUUUUUCCCUUUUUAGAUCAACUAUGAAUGGAUUUAUGAGAGAAAACAGUUUGAAUGAGAAUUUUCUCCAAACUUCCCACUUGGACACUUUAGGAUGAUGAUGAUGAUGAUGAUGAUGAUGAUGAUAAUGAUGAUGAUGAUGUGCAGCUACCCAAAGAAGACAAAUUUCACUUUGCCCACUUUUAUUUAGGGCUGCAACUAAUGAUCAGUUAAUAAGUGUUUUAUUUCCUCAUUAAUCAACUGUUUAGCCAAUCAGAACCGUCCAGGUCAAACUGCUGCAGAUCAUCAGAUUGGACAUGCUGAAGUACAAAUGUUUGGGAUUUUUAUUUAAUAAAUGACUUGAAACAGAUAACAUAUUUUCAUUUUUAGCACUCUUUCAUUUCUUUUACUCCCUGCUCUGAAUAAAUAACAUUGAAAAUUA